GUCUGCAGGUACGUGGUGGGAACUCUGGAUCUGAUGGUGGCAGAGAACUAUGUGAUGGUGUAUCUCUGUGCUGGAGGUCAGAAGGACAAACUACCAGGAAUCAGCUGGCUGAGGGAGUGUUACACCACCAUCAACAGGAGGUUGAGGAAGAACCUGAAGGGUUUCUACGUGGUUCAUCCCACCUGGUACAUCAAAGCCCUCAUCACCAUCAUCAAACCCUUCAUCAGCUCUAAGUUCAGCAGGAAGCUCCAGUUUGUCGACAGCCUCCAGGAUCUUUCUCACUUCGUCCCUACUGAGCAUGUGCAGAUCCCAGACUGCGUCACACAGUACAACCAAAACCUGACCAGGUGAACUCAAACCCACCUGGAGUCUCAGGUGAACGUGUAGCUGCCUCCUCUGCUCUUCUGCCUUCAUAACUGCUUAAUUUUAAACUGUAAGCAUGAUAGUUGCACUAAGAGAAAGCAUGAAAUGCAUUUACCGACCAUCACUGUGCAUCUAAAACACAUUUCAUCAUCUUCAAUGAACAAGUUAUGUUUUAUUAUUGUAUGUUAUUGUUAGCAUAAGAUAAACAAACUUUACAAUGUGAGCAGAUAUCCACUCUUUGUUUCAUAUUUCACCACCUUUUACACAUAAAGUGGCUUUUUUAUGCCUUUAAAAGUUCUUCUAUUAUUGUUCGCUUUAAAGGGAAUCCUUGUUUUUAGUGACACAGCUGGUCGCACUCGGACUACAAUAAUGUGUCAUAUUUAAAAAACAUUAUUAUCUGUAAUGUUCAUAUAUUUAUUUGGACGUUUGUCUCCAUGAUACCAACUAGCUUGACUUUUGUAAAUUACUUAAUUAGUUAAAGUUGACGAAGCAACCAGCACCAGAGCUCUUGAAAAUAUCACCAAUGUACCUCUGGAGUUACAACAACUUCCUGUUUUUCAUAGCGCAAAAUGGGCGCCACGCCGCGUCAAGGUCCUUGUAUGAAAACACGAAUUUGAAAAAUAACGUUUCAUCGUAAAGGUCUGAAGAGCAUCCUGACCAAAUUUGAAGUCAAUCGCAUAAAUUCUGGAGGAGUUCUUUAAAGUACAACGCAUGAAAACGAUGAAAGUUGCCUUAAAAUGCAAAAAAAUGGCAGAAUUACUGCAGCGCCCCCUAGUGGUUGAAUGGAAUGAAACUCGCGAUACCAUUCUUUCCUUCUAGAUCCCGUUUCUGAUACUCAAUCAGUCGAUACCAAAUACCGCUCCGAACACAGCUCUGACUAAUGUUAGCAUCUUAGCUGACCUAGCUAAGAUGCUAACGUAGCUUAAAUGAGCUGAUAACAUGAUACCGGAUGGGUGCUCACAGCAUUUUAGACUGAUACUGGUAUCGUAUCGGAACGAUAGCAGCUAACAUAACCACUCAGAUUGGAUUUUGCUAGCCAUAACGUUAGCGAGUAAGUAGGCUAAAGUUAGCCAGCUAGCUGUAAGUUAGCUUCGCUGCAUGGAUCUCUGCUUUGUAACGUUAGCCGUUAAAUGUAAUUUGUGAACAGCUAGCAGUCAAUUUAAAAUCAGCUGACGUCAUCCACUCAAGACUACUAAGUAUUAUGCUAUGUUAGCUCCACAUUGCCGAGCGCUAAUGUCACAUUAGCAUCCAAUCAGUUACAAUCUGUUCACACAUUGGCAAUAAAAAGUGAUCAAUACUUGUAACAGGAGCUGAUGAGUUGAAGAGGUCUUUUGUUUUUGACAAAGGUGAAAUCUUUGGAUGCAGAAUAAAAUCAUUUGGAUCUUUUUAACUGGUGAUUUCUGUCUCAGUGGGUCUUUGGUUGAUUGAAUCCAUCCAUUACUCCCUCAGGUUUUGAUGUUUCUGAAAACAAUUUUAUCAUCAUAAAAUCUGUAAUUUUAAUUUCUCUGAGACUGAAGCUGUUGAAACUCAAUAUAGCAUUAAUGCUAAUUCGUUAGCUGAUCGACCAGUAGAUAUGAAGGAGUUGUUAUUACUAGCUGUUUACAGUCUUUAUGCUAAGCUAACCAGCUGCUAACUGUAGCUUCACAUAUUUGCAGGGUACUUGCAAACACCUUUAUUAUGUGUGUGUGAAGGAACACUGGGCCUUUAUAAAGAACAGGAAAACAUCUGUGUGUGUGUGUGUUGAACCCAGCGGCUGGUCAGGAAAUGGAGCCUGAUAGGAAGGAAGUGAGGUAGCUGCUGAGGA